UGAGAGGAUCUAGUGACCUGGCAAUUCACUCUCUCUGAAAACACCAACACUCUCCAGUGUUCCCCAUGGGCUCUGCAGAGCUUUGCAUUUGAGCUACUCUCUGACGUGUGCAACGUGUCCUAGAAAGUGGACUGACCCCAUCCCGCCUGAAAGCCCAAUGCUUGAUACCCUUUGAAGUAAGUUGUUAUUUUGUAUUCUUUCUUUAGUGGGCAGGUGCUUGAAUCCUCUUCUUGGAGGUUUGCAGGCCUAAAGACCAGAUGUGUCCGGAUGUCGACUUGAAGGAUAUCAGCUCCUAUAAGCCCUCAUCUUGGUGGUAGUUGUUCCUCCCCUGGAUGCAAAGCAAGAAAAUGCAGUUGGCCCUGUGUCCAUCCUCCUCCUUCCACAGACCCAGCAGCUGCAAAUCAAAAGUAUCAGGAAAGAAAUUGUAUCUCUGUGGACAUUUACUUGUCAUUGUUUCCUAGAUCAUACAGGGUUAUGGAGAAUUACAUUGCGAUUUUAUUGUAUUAGGUGUCAGAAACAUCAUUGUGGGUAGAAGAUAUGGAAAUACUCUGGCAUUUUUAAAAGAGACUUGAGCAUGUGAGGACUGUGGCAUUCUCUGUGCACUUGGAACAGACCUCCCAUGUAUUUCCUGUGAUGUUUCUGAUUUCCAGACUUGAGAACCUUUAGGGCUUCACUGUAAGUCAGUCCCAUGGGAAUGCAGUAGGUGGGCAGUCGGAGGUGGUGUGCAGAACCUCAGUGAGGGCUUGAAAGACCACAUCCCACACCAGACCAGGAGCAGAGAAGGGAGCCCUCUCCCCAUGUUGUAAGUUUAUCUCUUGUUUUAUAACAAGAUCAUGUCUUGUGAAAUUUUGCACACAUUCUGAAUAAUUCCCAUGCGUUUGGAUGAUCUGGGAAGCAUAGGUUUCAUUGUUUUUUCUCCCAUAUGAUGUGUUACCUGGUGGGAACUUGAACACAUGAUCAGGCCAUGGAGUCUCCUCAUUUGGGAAGGGGCUACUCAAAGAAAUCCUUGUUCCUGUUUUACCUUCUGCCACAGGAGGACACAAGAAGGUUUUCAGAUGGUGAAAAUGAUCUGGUUCCGAACACGGAUGAGCCCUGUGGGAUAGAGACCCUUGAAGGUAACAGAGAGGCAGAGCUCAUGAACCAGCUGGUGCCUGUCUUUUUUGGUAGGAACCCCGACUGGGGCAGCACCUUCAGGUCUAUUUACUCAGGUUUCAUCACCAGCCAGCAGGUGCUGGAGCUGCUCUUCCCAAGUGCCGUGCCCAUCAACCCGGGUACCUGGAUGGAGCAGUACAGCGAGGCUUUCCAUCAGCCUCCAGGCCUCAUGAUUCUCCAGCUGCUGCUGCCUUACCUUCAACUGUACAUGGGUGGCUUGAAUCUGGAGCGCCAAGCACACCACCUGCUGGCACAGCUGGAGGAUGGCAAGUCCAGCGAGGCAGAGCCUGAGUUCCAGGAGGCCCGGGCUACAGACUCACUUCCAAUGCCCACCCCAGGGCUAGAGCCUCAUCAAGGAGCUGCUCUGGUGGCCAGUGAAGGAGCAGCACCAUCACCAGAGGCAGAGCUCAACGAGUGGGAGACAGCUGCUCCAUUCAUGUCCAUCUAG